AUGUCCAUCUUGUUUAGCCUAUUAUUCAAAAAAUUAACUUUCUCGUCACUACUUAUGUUGCUCAAAACGAGACGACACACGAAGGCAAAAUCUGUUAAAAAAGAAGGUUCUAUAUUACCUAUUUCCGUUGCUGCUUCAGAAAAGCUGCGAACCAAUGUUCUUUCACUAAUGAACAUUGAUGAAAUUUCACUUAUAGUCAAGCAAGACGAUUUGAUUCUUAAAUUAGGCAGCAAGCCUAUAACCAAACAUGACCAAGAUCCUCACUUGAGUGGCUACAUAAGCCAAAAAAUGAGAGAACUAGCACGUUUUUUAAUUGAGAUAAGAAAAAUCUGUCCAGCAAUUCAAAACUUAACAGAGUGUAUAAAUCCGAUAUAUUUUCCGAAAGAUUACUUAUGGAAUACCAAGUCUUGCUCUCAAAAUUGGGCAUUCCCUUAA